AUGGUGUCGGUGGUGCUGCAACCAGCCACGAAACCACACAACCACUUGGUUGGUGGUCAGCUCUACGAUGUCCCGGAUACGACUGGCUACAAUUCGCUCGAAGAUUUUCAUGCUGUGCGAGAGCAAGCGAAUUGGACAUUAGCAAUUGCAGUCAUCAGGUCAUCAGAAUUGCCUUUUUCCAGUUGGCGAUCGUCGUGCUUUGUUGCCAGCUCCUAG